AUGGUAUCACUAUUCGGCUGGGGCUCAAGCCCAAAACCCGAGUCAAGCCAACCAACACCUCCUCAAGAGAAGCCGACACCCGAUGAAUCCGCAACUCCAGCAUCAACACAAACACAAAUAGCACAACCACCCUCGCCCCAAACAAACACAAACCUCAAACUCCUCUUCGGAGGAAUGACUUUCUUCGCGCUCUCGGUGUUAGUCACACGCCGCGCCUUCCAUAAGAAGCGCAUCUCCUGCAUCCCGCCUUUCUAUACAAGCUCGGUGUACCACCAGCCGCACUCGAACUCCGCGGGCGAUGCGUUCGAGGCUCUGAAUUUGGCGACUCUCAAUGUCGUCUCGUUUGGAUUGAUGGCCGGCGGUGCGGUCGGGUAUGCUUUGAAUAUUAAUGGGCUUGAGGAUAUGCAGAGAUUCGUGCGCAAUGGGUUGCAGGGUGGUAGUGAUACGCCUGUGAAGAGUGAUGAGGAGCUCGAGGAGGAAGUUACUGAGUGGGUUUCUAAGAUUCUAGGUGAUAAGUUUGAGAAGCAAUUGGAAAAGGAGAAGAUGAAGAGGGCGUUCCAGAAGGACAAGGUGGAUCAGGAUACUAAAGAGAACUGA